GUUUCUCAGGUCCAUACCAUCUUUUCCCCGAAACAAACACUGACCGCUGCGCUCGAGUUGUUACAUUUGUGAUGUGAUUCGUGAUAGUAAAUAAUAAUUAUUGGACCGAGAAGAAAAAUUUUGAUAGAAUUGCCAAACUAAAAACAACUUUCAUAUUAAACAAGAUUAACGUGGAUUGAAUAAGACCAAAAUAAACUUGAUUUCAUGUUUUUGUAAAGAAUAUCUUACUAAUGACGUGAACAAUCAUCCCUACUCAAGGUUUUUUUGGAGAAUAAAAAGUUGUCGGAUGCUUUUUAUGCCUUAGACCAGUAAAAUGGUGAAACGUGAUGCAUAACUGUGCUCCAUUGCGCGCGGAAUAGAAGCCCAUUUUUGACAGCACCACCAAAUACACAAGAAUUCGGAGGCGCAGAGUGACACAGAGCUUCCCCAAUUAAGCAAAAAAGAAGAAAACUUUUCAGAGAUUUUCUGCGCCACAACCGAAAAUUGAAUUAAAAUGGAAGCCGAAACCGAGCAGAAAAUCGAGAAGACGGUGCGGAGAAUCCUGGAGGAAUCGGACAUGGACGAGAUGACGGAGUUCAAGAUUCGGAAGCAGGCCUCCGAAGAGCUGGAGCUCGACCUCUCCAAGCCCCCCUACAGGGCUUUCGUCAAGCAGGUCGUCCAGUCCUUCCUCGAGGAGCAGAAUCAGAAGGAACAAGCAGCAGCGCAGAAGGAUGAAAACCCAGAAGCCGAAGGUGCCCAGGAACGGGAGUACGAUGAUAACGGCGAUCUCGUGAUUUGCAGGCUCUCGGCGAAGAGGAAGGUGACGCUUCAGGAAUUCAGAGGGAAGAAUUUGGUGUCGAUUAGGGAGUUUUAUUUCAAAGAUGGGAAAGAGCUUCCUACUGCCAAAGGAAUAAGCUUGACAGAGGAGCAAUGGUCAGUCUUCAAGAAGAAUGUACCUGCUAUAGAGAAAGCCAUUAGUAAGAUGGAGUCAAGAAUCUGAGAAUAUCAUCUGAAAAUAUCGAAAUGUCUAAUCCUUUUUAAUCUAUAGUACGUUGUUGGUUAUAAUGACAUGGCUUGGGCUUUGGGGCUUCAAAUUGGUCAUUUGAUGUCAGAAUAUGUUGUUUAGAACUCGAAUACUGCUGUCACGUUUCUAAUUAUCCCUUAAUGUUACGAAAGCAACCUGUUGCGUUCCCUGCUA